UAACACAAUAAAUACAAAGAUGUACUUAAUAAUUCUCAUUUCUAGUGAUAUAUAGAUUUCAAAUAGUGAUAGAUCAGUAGCAUUAUAUAUGCAGUAUAACUGGUAAAAAAAUCAGAUUUUGCUAAUGUGUAGAUGAAGUGGCACAAAUAAAUGAAUGUUGGGGUACCAGUCAAAUUGAUCACCCCCAUAUAUAUAUAUAUAUUUCGUUCAAAACAAAAAGAUGUUUUUCAUUUCAAUAAAAGUAAAGCCAAUCGUUAAUCUGAACUUUUUAAUUUCUUUUUUUUUCCACUUUAGAUCCACUCAGGAAUUAUUUAAAAUCUAUUUUCAAACGGAUAUAAACAAUUUGCUCAUUAAAAAUGUUGAUUUAAGUAAUCAUUAUCGUCAUAUAUGGUUUAUUACUCUCAAAAAAUGUGUGACACAUCCAACAUUAUUUGACAAAAUUCUUAUUCAAUUAAAAUCUUACAUAACUGAUUAUAUUGCCACCCAGUCGGACAAUGAAAUAUUCAUUGAUAGUAUUCUGUCUUUAUGUUUGGAUAUAAAUCAUUUAGGUUGUUCAUUAUCAUUAGCUUCACUGUUGAAUGAUUAUCUAUUGGAUAAAAUAUCUCUAACAAAAGAGCUAUUUUCCGAAACUUUAUUAUAUUCGACAAUGCAAGGCUAUUUGAUAUCAACUAAUCCACUACAUGUUGGUCAAGAAAUAAAACAAGAAACGUACAAACGUUUUACAUACGUACAAUUUACAUGUUUAUUUAUAAUUCGACAAUUUGAAUUAAACUCACUAUUGCUCGAAGUAUUUGAUGAUUAUCAAAUGAUUAUCAGACAAAUUUUACUGAAUGAACAAUUACUUCAUCAUAGACAAUUGGAGACCAAACAUUUGACACAACAAAUUGAACGAUUAUUCAAUCAACAGUUGUUUAAACCAAAAUUCAAAUUGAUCGAUCUCUUAUCCCCAUCUGUCAGACUCACGGUCAAUGAAGUCGAUUUAUACAGUGAAAUAAUUUAUUAUCAUUCUUACAGUAUUUUAAAAGAUAAAUAUUUGCAUCUGAACGCAUAUGAUGAUGAUAUAAAUUAUUCUUUGAAUAUUCCGUCGGAAGAUGCUUAUUUGAAUGCUUCUGUUAUAUUAUGUUCUCGUUUUCGUGAUCAUACAUUAGAAUUAUUAAUACCAUAUCUAGUUGAACUGUGUCAUAGUGAAUUACAUUCAUUAUAUCUGGCAGCAUUAAAUCAAUGUUUACAUCAAUCAAUGAAAAUGGACACAAUUGUUGGUGAUUCAAAACUAGAUCAAAUGCUUAUAGGUCUUCUCGACAACAUCUGUUCAUCAAAUAAAAUUACACAUAAUAUUGAUUUAUCAAAUUGGACUGAAAUAAAUAAUUCUAUUGAAAUAUUAAAAUAUUGGAACAAUUUAUUUCAACAUAGCACAUUUAUCAAUUUACUAACACAACAACACUGGGAUAAAAUUCUCUGUUAUCUGACAAAUUUAUAUCAAUCACUGAUUGAUGUGAAUGUUGUGCAUAAUGUUGAAAACAUCAUAGCUACAGAAUUACUCUUAUACCAUUCAUUAAAUUUGCUGCAUUCAAUUGGAGCAUUAUUAACAAUGAAAACAAAUGAUUCAAUAUCGAAACAACUAAAAGAAGAAUGGAUAAAAUUGUAUAGUAAAGAAAUUUAUCAACAAUUAUUACCAUUGUACGUCGCAUUACCAAGUGUUUUAAAUGAAUUUUCCACCUAUUAUAUGUGUCAUGAAAUGGUUAAAUCUUUAUGUUGUUCACUAUGUGUAAUACCCGAUGAUCAUUUAAUCUCAACUAAUUUAAAACCAUUAUUUCAUUCAGAUGAUACUAGUUUAAUGUGGUGUGACUCGUUACAAUCAUCAUUCAACCAUUUAUAUCGUUUAUUAUCAAAAUCAAAUCGUUCCAUUCAAUAUUCUUCUUAUACUUUACUAAAUAAACUCUUACCAUAUAUAGCAAAAUAUCUAUUACCACAAAACGAAAUAACAGAUGAAAAUGAACGAGAACUUUUAUGUACUCUACCUGGUUCUAUUUUAGAAUCAUUGAAGCAAACAGAAGAGUCAAUAGGAGAAUUUUUGAAUGAAAAUGAUAUGGUUGAAGAAUACGAUGUUAAUCUAGAUGAACAACCGUUACUGUCACCAUCAAAACUAUCAUCAUUUAAUAAUAAAGACAAUAUUAUCAUAUCUGAAUUACUUACGUACAAACUUUUAUUAAAUUUAAUCGGAUGUUAUUCAACUGUUGAAACACGUUAUUGUUAUACAUUAAUGUUACAAGAAAAAAAGUUAGUUGAUCGAAUUCUGUCUUAUGUUCUUUGUUUGAUACCAGCCAAUCCACAAUUCAUUGAUUAUAAUUCAAUCUGUAUGACAAAAAGAUUAACAAACACAAAAUCAAUGUUUGAAUAUGAUAUACAAUUAGAUCCAAAACGUAAAUAUUUUCUGAUACUAUUUCUAAUUUCAACAUACAUAUUUAUUUAUAUUGUUUUAGUGGAACCCUGCUCUUAUGCUAUUCCUCAUUUGGCUUGUUCUAUUUAUAUUCAAUGUUUAACUUUAAUUCCUGCUCUAGUACGUAAAUGGUAUCUUAAUCAAACAAAACGUGUUCAAGAUGCUGUUGACAAAGUGACACAAAAAUAUGUUAGUCGAACAUUGAUACAACGUGAAUUAGAUUCAGUACCGUUAUUUUCUACUUCUUCUAAUAUAACGACAACAUCAAAUGGAGAAUCAGGAAACGUCAUAAUCAAAAAACAUUCUCAAGCACGAGAAAUAACGGCCAUUUAUACAAUCGAAACAUCUCGAGUGGAAAUUAUUAUUAAACUGCCAAUUAAUUUUCCUCUCGUUGUUGCUAAUAUUGAAUGCAUACGCCAUGGUGGAUUUUCAAAAGAACAAUGGAAUAAAUGGAUGUUACAGUUAAAAAUGAAUCUUACACAAAAUAAUGGAACUAUCGCCGAUGGUCUACUUCAUUGGAAGCGUAAUAUUGAUAAAAUGAUGCAAGGAAUUGAAGAAUGUGCAAUUUGUUAUUGUAUAUUACACACAAAUAAUCAAUUACCACAGCGUACAUGUCGUGUAUGCAAGAAAAAGUUUCAUGAUGCGUGUUUAGUAAGUAUUAAAUGA